AUGGCGGCAGGCUCUCACACCGCGGCCGGCUCCCGGUCCCGAACGAACAUGGCUCAGUUGAGGAAGAAGAAAAGGUUCCGCAAGCGCCCGGGCGCUGCCUCGCAGGCCCAAAGCAGCGACUCGGAGGACGGCAAGUUUGAAAUCCAGGCGGAGGAUGACGCCCGGGCCCGGAAGGUGGGCCCUGGCAAGCCCCUGCCCUCCUUCCCCACUGCAGAAUGCACCUCAGACGUGGAGCCGGACACUCGGGAGAUGGUGCGAGCACAGAACAAGAAGAAGAAGAAGUCAGGGGGUUUCCAGUCCAUGGGCUUGAGCUAUGCGGUGUUCAAAGGCAUCAUGAAGAAGGGCUACAAAGUGCCGACGCCCAUCCAGAGGAAGGCCAUCCCAAUGAUCCUGGACGGCAAGGACGUGGUGGCCAUGGCCCGGACGGGAAGUGGCAAGACGGCAUGCUUCCUCAUCCCCAUGUUCGAGCGGCUCAAGGUGCGAAGUGCCCAGACCGGGGCCCGAGCCCUUAUCCUCUCCCCCACCCGCGAGCUGGCCCUGCAGACCAUGAAGUUCACCAAGGAGCUGGGCAAGUUCACAGGCCUUAAGACCGCCCUGAUCUUGGGCGGGGACAAAAUGGAAGACCAGUUUGCAGCCCUGCACGAAAAUCCCGACAUAAUCAUUGCUACCCCCGGGCGGCUGGUGCACGUGGCUGUGGAGAUGAACCUGAAGCUGCAGAGCGUGGAGUACGUGGUAUUCGAUGAGGCUGACAGGCUCUUUGAAAUGGGGUUUGCAGAACAGCUGCAGGAGAUCAUCGGCCGCCUCCCCGGAGGUCAGCAGACGGUGCUGUUCUCUGCCACGCUCCCCAAACUUCUGGUGGAGUUUGCCCGGGCCGGCCUCACGGAGCCCUCGCUCAUCCGGCUGGACGUGGACGCCAAGCUCAAUGAGCAGCUCAAGACCACCUUCCUCCACGUGCGUGAGGACACCAAGCCCGGCGUGCUGCUCCACCUGCUGCGCAAUGUCGUACGGCCUCAGGACCAGACGGUGGUGUUCGUGGCCACGAAGCACCAUGCCGAGUACCUCACAGAGCUACUGACCACACAGGGGGUGAGCUGUGCCCACAUCUACAGCGCCCUGGACCAGACGGCCCGCAAGAUCAACCUGGCCAAGUUCUCGCACGGCAAGUGCUCUGCCCUCAUCGUGACUGACCUGGCCGCCCGUGGCCUGGACAUCCCGCUGCUGGACAACGUCAUCAACUACAGCUUCCCCGCCAAGAGCAAGCUCUUCCUGCACCGCGUGGGUCGCGUGGCCCGGGCCGGCCGGAGCGGCACAGCCUACUCCCUGGUUGCCCCAGACGAGGUCCCCUACCUGCUGGACCUGCAUCUGUUCCUGGGCCGGACCCUCACCCUUGCCCGCCCCCACGGAGAGCCCUUGGACGCAGCCCACGUGGACGGUGUGCUGGGCCGGGUGCCGCAGAGCGUGGUGGACGACGAGGACAGCGGGCUGCGGAGCGCCCUGGAGGCGUCGCUGGAGCUGCGGGGCCUGGGCCGCGUGGCCGACAACGCGCAGCAGCAGUACCUGCGCUCCCGGCCGGCGCCCUCGCCCGAGUCCAUCAAGAGGGCCAAGGCGCUGGACCUGGCGGGGCUGGGCCUGCACCCGCUCUUCAGCUCGCGCUUCGAGGAACAUGAAUUGCAGCGGCUGCAGCUGGUGGACAGCAUCAAGAAGUACCGCUCGCGGGCGACCAUCUUUGAGAUCAACGCGUCCAGCCGGGACCCGAGCAGCCAGGUGAUGCGUGCCAAGCGGCAGAGGGACCGCAAAGCCAUCGCCAGCUUCCAGCUGAGGGGACAGGAAGGUGUCAGCGGCCUCACCAGGAAUGAACCGGCCCCCAGCAGCCCGGCCCCAGCCGAGGAGCAGCUCCGGCAGGCGGAGGAGGAGACAGGAGACCUGGUGAAGGACGUCUUCAUGGAGGUUGUAGGCCAGAAGCGGCGGCGGCCAGGCCCCGAUGGGGCAGCCAAGAAGCGGCGGACAGAGGCCCAGCAGCGGGACCGCGACUUCUACGUGCCCUACCGGCCCAAGGACUUCGACAGCGAGCGAGGCCUGAGCGUCGGGGACAGUGGGGCCUUCGAGCAGCAGGUGGCCGGUGCCGUCCUGGACCUGAUGGGGGACGAAGCCCAGAAUAUGAACCGGGGUCGGCAGCAGCUCAAGUGGGACCGGAAGAAGAAGCGGUUUGUGGGGCAGACGCAGCAGGAGGAGAAGAAGAAGAUCAAGACUGAGAGCGGCCGCUACAUCAACAGCUCCUACAAGCGGGACCUCUACCAGAAGUGGAAGCAGAAGCAGAAGAUUGACGACCGGGACUCAGAGGAAGAGGGGCCGGGGGAGCGGCGAGGCCCCGAGAGAAGAGGUGGGAAGUGGGGCCGUGGCCGAGACCCCCUCCUCCCUGCAGGCGCCUCCCAGCCCCGCGCCCCUGCUACCCCCGCGGGCCGCAGACACUCGGAGCUGAAGACAAAGCAGCAGAUCCUGAAGCAGCGGCGCCGGACCCAGAAGAUGCGGUUCCUGCAGCGGGGAGGCCUCAAGCAGCUCUCAGCCCGCAACCGCCACCGGGUUCAGGAGCUGCAGCGGGGCGCCUUCGGCCGGGGCGCCCCCUCCAAGAAGGGCAAGAUGAGGAAGAGGAUGUGA